UGACAGAGGUGUGUUGUGUGUUGCAGCGAAACUACGAUUUGAUUCCAUAAUCCAGUGGAAAUCUGAAUAAAAACGGUUUUAAAUCUACUAUUUUAGAGCAAGGAUGUCUCGCAGUGCCCGCCCACUUACUUCAGCGCGCGUGCUGCACAAGAUUAAGGCGCUGACCACGCCGCAAAGCAGUGAACAAUUUGUGGUUAACCGGAAUCCCAGGAAUCUGGAGAGGCUGCGCAUUGCCUACAAGCCCAGCGGCUACCACUUGGAGAAGCCCGGUCGUUCCUACUGGCACACGCUCGAGAUCAACACCAGCGGUCGCUAUGUCAGCGCCGACGUGAAGCACUACGAGAACGGCACCAUUCUGAGCGCCAGCACCGCCGAAUGGGCCAUCAAACAGCAGCUGUACAAGACCAACGACACCUCGGCAUUUGUGAAUCUGGGGCGAGUGCUGGCCCAGCGGUGCCUUCAGUCGGGCAUCACCGAGAUGACGUGCAAUGUCGACGCAGUGGCCGGCAGCAAACUUCAGAAAUUGCUGCAGACCCUCCAGGACAAUGGGGUGUCAUUCCAGGAGCCCACGCGAUUGGUGAACAGCCAGCCAUGGGAUGCGUACCGGCAUGAAAAGCCUUGGGAGGUUUCGGAGAAAUCGAUUCCUGCGACCCCAGCGAAGACAGACGCUAUCAAGUCAAAACAAAAGUGAAAAUCGUUCGGUUCUAGUUUUCGUA